AUGGCAGCCGAGAAGUACCAGCCUUCUUACGAAAUCACGGGCCAUGAGUCCUCUGGGAGUCAACCCAAUGGACAGGACGUCGAGGUUGGAGAUGGAAGACUCAGUCGAGUAGACAUCGCCAAGAUCACAAAGGUAUCGUCUGUCAUCACCGUUUUGGUUGCGGGUCUUGCCUUGUUCUCCGAUGGAUACAAUGCGCAAAUCAUUGGAUACAUGGAGCCCUUGUUCACGGACCUGUACAAAGACGGCAUGUCGAGCAUCAUCAAGACUCGACUGUCCAAUGCAUAUCUCAUCGGCGAAAUCUUUGGAAUGCUCUUUUUCGGCUUUCUCAUCGAUAAGAUAGGUCGUCGAACCGGCAUUGUCUUUGCAACUUUCUUCCUUGUCCUAGGUAUCGUGUUGGCUACAGCUGCCCAUGGCACCACUCAACUCGGCAUGUUUUGGAUGAUGAUCGUUGCUCGUGGUGUUGCUGGGUUCGGUGCUGGAGGUGAAUACCCGACCUGUGGGACUGGCAGUGCCGAAGCCUCAGACGAGAGUGAAUAUGUCCGCCGCAGACGAGGCUUCCUGGUUGCCGUGGCGACUGACUUCGCCAUCGACCUGGGCUUCGUAGUGGCCGGUGUCGUUGCCCUAAUUGUCAUCGAAUGCUACAAUGAGAAGAUCUCGAGCGGCAUUUGGCGCAUCUGCUUUGGGUUGGGGUUUGUCCUCCCUGUGACACUUUUCUUCUUUCGAAUUCGGAUGGUCGAGUCGACCCAAUAUCGCAAACAUGCUAUCAAGCGAAACGUGCCCUAUUGGUUGAUCAUCAAGCGAUAUUGGAAGCCCAUGGUAGGAACUUCUCUGGCGUGGUUCAUGUAUGACUUUGUCACCUACCCGUUUGGAAUCUUCAGCUCCACCAUCAUCGGGCAACUCAAUCCAAACAACACCUUGGUCCAGAACAUCGGGUACGGGACAGUGGUGAAUUGCUUCUAUCUGCCAGGCUGCCUCGUGGGUGGGUUACUGAUGGAUAAGAUUGGCCGCAAACAAACCAUGACCCUUGGUUUCGCGUGCUGGGCCGUCUUAGGAUUCAUUCUGGGAGGUGCAUUGAACCCCAUUCAGUCCGUCUUCCCUCUGUUUGUCGUCCUCUAUGGGAUCUUCAAUAGUUUCGGAGAGAUGGGGCCUGGGGUUUGCACUUUCUUGACGGCGGCCGAAAGCUUCCCUACCCCUCUGCGCGGCCACUUCAUGGGGUUUGCCGCUGCUGUGGGCAAGGCUGGUGCCGCCAUUGGGACUCAGGUUUUCACGCCUAUUCAGGACUCCUUCAGCAAUACGCAAAAGGGUACUCAGGCAGUCUUCCUCAUUGGCGCCGGAUUCGCCGCCGCAGGGGGGAUUAUCUCCUGGAUAUUCAUUCCUGACCGAGAUCGAGAACUUGAGAGCGAAGAUGCCAAAUUCAGAGACUACCUUGCAGCUCAUGGGUAUGAGGGUGAGUUCGGCGAGAGCUUGGUUGCCGAGAUGAAGACGACUGCUUUCAAAGCGGAGUAUAUCAAGACGUCUUGA